GACCGGCUUCGUUCGGGAAGACAAACACCUGUUGCAACAUCACCAGUCCUGUCCGGAUCUAACCCCCAAAAAUGCCGGCGAACAAAUUGGCUCUUUUAAGCGUGUCUGACAAGACCGAUCUGCUACCAUUGGCAAAAAAACUGCACGAACUUGGAUUAACUCUAAUUGCUUCCGGAGGUACCGCACAGGCAUUGAGAGACGCCAAGUUACCGGUGCGAGAUGUUUCUGAAGUUACGGGAGCGCCCGAGAUGCUUGGUGGCCGCGUGAAGACUCUUCAUCCUGCCAUUCAUGCCGGCAUUCUCGCCAGGUUGACAAAUUCCGACGCUCAAGACCUCCAGAAGCAAAAUUACGAUCUUAUCGAAGUGGUGGUUUGCAAUCUGUAUCCCUUUGUAAAUACCAUUUCGAAACCGAACGUGACGGUCGCGGACGUGAUAGAGAACAUCGAUAUCGGUGGUGUGACUUUAUUGCGCGCUGCCGCCAAGAACCACAGCAGAGUUACAGUUAUCUGUGACCCCAGCGAUUACGAAAAGGUCAUCAGAGAGAUGGACGCCGCUGCCGACAAGAACACCUCCCUACAGACUAGGCAAACUCUAGCCCUGAAAGCGUUCACUCACACCGCCGAAUACGACAACGCUAUCUCGGAUUACUUCCGCAAGCAGUACGGCGCCGGGGUCUCUCAGCUGACGCUCCGCUACGGCAUGAAUCCGCAUCAGAGGCCCGCGCAGAUAUUCACCACCCUGGAGAAGCUGCCGUUGACCGUGCUGAACGGGUCGCCCGGCUUCAUCAAUCUGUGCGACGCGCUGAACGGUUACCAGCUGGUGAGGGAGUUGAGGUCCGCUCUGAAUUUACCGGCGGCGACGUCCUUCAAGCACGUCAGCCCGGCCGGCGCCGCGGUCGGCGUUCCCCUGGACGGUGUACAGGCGAAGCUGUGCCAGGUGGACGACCUCUACGAACAGCUCACGCCUCUGGCGACCGCUUACGCUCGUGCGCGAGGCGCCGAUCGAAUGUCCAGCUUCGGCGAUUUCGUCGCAUUGUCCGAGCCGUGCGACGCUGUGACAGCAAAGAUCAUAUCGAGAGAGGUCUCGGACGGCAUUAUCGCGCCUGGCUACUCGGAGGAGGCUUUCGAGAUACUGAAGAAGAAGAAGGGUGGCGCGUAUUGCGUGCUCCAAAUCGAUCCUUCUUACGUACCGUCCCCAAUGGAGCGCAAGACUCUGUACGGCCUGGUUAUGGAGCAGAAACGCAACGAUGCGAACAUCGAAAAAUCGGCGUUCCACAACGUCGUGACGGCGAAGUCGAAGACUCUGUCGGAGAGCGCUAUCCGCGAUCUGAUCGUGGCCACCAUCACUGUGAAGUACACGCAGAGCAAUUCUGUCUGUUACGCCAAAGACGGGCAAGUGAUCGGCACGGGAGCCGGACAGCAGUCGAGAAUUCACUGCACUAGGCUCGCUGGCGACAAAGCCGAUAAUUGGUGGCUUCGCCAGCAUCCAAAGGUAACAGGAAUGAAGUUCAAGAAGGGUGUGAAGAGAGCGGAGAUCUCUAAUGCCAUUGACAAUUACGUCAACGGGUCCGUUGGGAAGGACAUGGACGAAGCUACCUGGGCGGCCAUGUACGAAGUGAUUCCUGUGAAACUGUCGGAGAGCGAUAGGAUCGAGUGGAUCAAGAAGUUGGAUAAUGUUGCUCUGAGCAGCGAUGCCUUCUUCCCAUUCAGGGACAACGUGGAUAGGGCCAGACUUAGUGGUGUCAAGUUUAUUGCUAGUCCUGCUGGUUCCACAAACGACGCAGCAGUAAUCGAGGCCUGCAACGAACACGGAAUUGUGCUGGCUCACACCGAAUUCCGAUUGUUCCACCAUUAAAUCUGAGACAGAAUUUUAAACGUACACAUUUGUUACUAUAUUUUUAUACGAUGUAUACAGCCGAGAGGUUUCUUCCAGUUAAUGUUGCAACGUUUUGAUAUAAAAAGAGCGACAACAUAGAAAAUAUUUUUAUACCUCUUUUUUUUACGUCUAAUGUCUAUUAAGCUUUAUAUGCAUGGCUAUACAUAUAUUGAUACAUAAAUAUAUUUGCAAUACACGUAUUCUUUAAUCAUAUAGCA